AUGAUUCCAGAUAGAUUUGAGGCGCCGCUCAGUCCCACCGAGGAGGCUCAGAGACGUCUGAUGAGGAUCUUCGGUGCCCCUCUGACAGUCAGUGUUCCGGCUUCUGUCCAAGCCCCCGUCCCUGCCGCGCCGCAGAAUCAGAGCCCCCUCCCGGGCCCCAUCCAGGGAUCAGUGGAAGAGGACCCUGUGGCCCUCCUUCAGGCAUCUCAUGCUGCAGCCCAGCAGUCCCAGGUGAAGACAGAGGAGCAGAUCGCAGCCGAGCAGGCCUGGUAUGGAUCAGAGAAAGUCUGGCUGGUCCACAAAGAUGGCUUCUCCCUGGCCACCGUGGUGAAGACAGAAGCUGGCUCCCUGCCAGAGGGCAAGGUGAAAAUCAAACUGGAGCAUGAUGGGACAUUACUGGAAGUUGACGAAGACGACAUAGAAAAGGCCAACCCUCCGUCAUACAACCGCUCAGAGGACCUGGCCUCACUGCUCUAUCUCAAUGAGUCCAGUGUGAUGAACUGCCUGAGGCAGCGCUACGGAGGCAACCUCAACCACACCUACGCCGGACCCAACAUGGUGGUCAUCAACCCCCUGAGCACACCCUCCAUGUACUCUGAGAAGGUAAUGCACAUGUUCAAAGGCUGUCGGCGCGAGGACUCUGCACCUCAUGUCUACUCUGUGGCCCAGUCUGCCUACCGGAACCUGCUCACCACCCGGCAGGAUCAGUCCAUCGUACUGCUGGGCAAGUCCGGCAGUGGCAAGACCACCAACUGCCAGCACCUAGUGCAGUACCUGGUCUCCAUCGCCGGCAGCACGGGCAAGAUCUUCUCUGCUGAGAAGUGGCAAGCGGUCUACACCAUCCUGGAGGCUUUUGGCAACAGCUCCACCUCUAUGAACACCAACGCCAGCCGCUUCUCCCACGUAGUGUCCCUCGACUUCGACCAGGCUGGGCAGGUGGCCUCUGCCUCCAUCCAGACCAUGCUGCUGGAGAAACUGAGGGUGAGCAAACGGCCCGAGGCGGAGUCCACCUUCAACGUCUUUUACUACAUGAUGGCCGGAGCCGACAGCAGCCUGAGAACGGAGCUGCACUUUAACCAUCUGGCUCAGAACAGUGCUUUUGGGAUCCUCCCACAGUCUAAGCCUGAAGACAAGCAGCGAGCCUCGCAGCAGUUCACCAAGCUGCAGGCGGCCAUGAAGGUGCUGGGCAUCUCUGGGGAGGAGCAGAAGGCCCUUUGGCUCAUCCUGGGGGCCGUUUACCACUUAGGGGCCGCAGGAGCCACUAAAGACGGAGAUGAAGCUGGACGUAGGCAGUUUGCCCGACAUGAAUGGGCCCAGAAGGCAGCGUACCUGCUGGGCUGCACCUUGGAGGAGCUGUCCUCCUCCAUCUUUAAGCACCAGGCUAAAGGAAUGCAGCACUCCACCUCAUUCAGAGGGAAAGCAGACGAUGGAGGCCAGGGCGACAACUCAGUGUGUGAGGAUCAGUUCAUAGAAGCUCAUUUGUAUAGAGGGGCUCUGAAGUCCAGUCAGCACUCCCUGUGCUCCCUGCUCAUCGUGGACACUCCGGGCUUCCAGAACCCUCGGAUCGCUCAGCAGCAGCGCGGUGCCACGUUCGAGGAGCUCUGCCACAACUACACCCAGGAGAGGCUGCAGACCCUGUUCCAUGAACGCACCUUUGUCCAGGAGAUGGAGAGAUACAAGGAGGAAAACAUAGAACUUGCUUUAGAUGACAUAGAGUCCAGUACCUCACUGUCUGUAGCGGCUAUUGACCAAGCCUCCACCCAAGCUCUGGUGCGCACGCUGGCCAGGACGGAUGAGGCUCGAGGCCUGCUGUGGCUGAUGGAGGAGGAGGCCGUGCAGCCUGGAGGUACAGAGGAAACCAUGCUGGAGAGACUCUUCAGCUACUACGGCUCUGCCCAGGGAGAAAACAAGGGAGCCAGUCUUCUGCUGCGAGGAGAGAAGCCCCACCUCUUCCUGUUGGGCCACAGCCACGGGACCGACUGGGUGGAGUACAACGCUCAGGGCUGGCUGAGCCACGCCAAGCACAACCCCGCCGCCCAGAACGCUGCCGCGCUGCUGCAGGACUCCCAGAAGAAGAACAUCAGUGGGCUGUUUAUGGGCCGGGCCAGCGGGGCCACGGUGCUGUCCGGCUCCAUCGCCGGGCUGGAGGGCAGCUCCCAGCUCGCCCUGCGACGGGCCACCAGCAUGAGGAAGACCUUCACCACGGGGGUGGCGGCUGUCAAGAAGAAGAGCCUGUGUAUCCAGGUCAAACUCCAAGUGGACGCUCUGAUCGACAUGGUGCGUCGCUCCAGGGUUCACUUCGUCCACUGCCUGCUGCCCAGAGCCGAGGCGGUGGGUGGUGGAGGUGAGCCCCGCGUGACGCACGGAGAGAGCCCUGACUCGGACCUCAUGACUCUUGACGUGGGCCUCCUGAGAGCCCAGCUCCGAGGGUCCAAGCUGCUGGACGCACUGCGCAUCUACAGGCAAGGGUACCCGGACCACAUGGUGUUCUCUGAGUUCCGCCGGCGCUUUGAUGUCCUGGCACCUCAUCUGACCAAGAAGCACGGCCGCCACUACAUCGUCACAGACGAGAAGAGGGCAGUGGAGGAGCUGCUGGAGUCCUUGGACCUGGAGAAGAGCAGCCACCACAUGGGGCUGAGCCGGGUGAGUGCAGUCGCAUCACACACACCUUUCAUUAGACAUAAGAGGACCAAACACUCCUUAACCCUCCUGUUAUCCUCAGAUUUACUUUACACCCUUUAUCCCCUGUGA